AUGUGUGUGCACAAGGAAUCAAUGAUGAGCAGCACAGACAGCCACCCCGCACUAUUGGAUCUACUCUUGGAUCUGCCGAUUUUGCCAUUCUGGCAUUCUACUCCAUGCAGGACAGCUUUGUAUAAAUAUCAAUCCACUGCAACAGUUGACCUCCCCACUUGACCUCCUCGACAAAACAAAACAAGCACUAGAUUGCGCAUGGGUUCCGAGGCGAUGGAAGCUGCUGGAGCGCGAGAUCCACCGGAGCGUCGCCGGGGCGCCGUCACGGCCGUCCUCCUGGCCGCGCUGCCGCUGCUGCUCCUGCUCUUCCUCUUCGGCGACCGGGCCGCCUCCAUCGCCGCCGACGCCCUGGCCAGGGCACAGGUGAAACAGCAGAGUCCACGUAACGCCUCGUCGUCGUCCCGGGAACCGGGCGCGGCGCGCGACCGGCUCCUCGGUGGGCUCCUCUCGCCGGACUUCGACGAGCCGGCGUGCCGCAGCCGGUACGAGGGCUCCAGCCGAUGGAAGCCGUCGCCGUUCCCGGUCUCGGCUUAUCUGGUCCGGAAGCUGAGGCAGUACGAGGCCAACCACCGCCGGUGCGGGCCGGGCACGUCGCGGUACCGCGAGGCCAUGGCGCAGCUUCAGUCCGGCCGCAACGGUGACCGCGGCGAGUGCAGGUACGUGGUGUGGCUGCCCGUCCAGGGCCUCGGCAACCGGAUGCUCAGCCUCGUCUCCACCUUCCUCUACGCGCUGCUCACCGGCCGCGUCCUCCUCGUCCACGAGCCCCCGGAGAUGGAGGGCCUCUUCUGCGAGCCCUUCCCGGGGACCUCCUGGCUGCUGCCCGCGAGCUUCCCCUACACGGACGUCCGCUUCGGGUCGGAAUCCAAGGAGAGCUACGUGAGCAUGCUCCAGAGCAACGUCCUCCGCUACGACGACGACGAACACGUCGGCGGCGGCGGCAAUGCCAGCGCGCUCCCGGCGUACGUGUACCUCCACCUGGAGAACAUGAACCUCCGGCUCCAGAACCACACCUUCUGCGAGGAGGACCACCGGGCGCUCGACGGCUUCAACUGGAUGGUGCUCCGCUCCGACAGCUACUUCGCCGUGGCGCUCUUCCUGGUGCCCACGUACCGCGACGAGCUGGAGCGGAUGUUCCCGUCCAAGGGCUCCGUGUUCCACCACCUCGGCAGGUACCUCCUCCACCCGGGCAACCCGGCGUGGGGGAUCGUGCAGAGGUUCUUCGACGGCUACCUCGCCGGCGCCGACGAGCGCCUCGGCGUGCAGGUGCGGAUCGUGUGGCACCACCCGGUCCCGUUCGACGUCAUGUUCGACCAGAUCCUCCGGUGCACGAGGGAGCACCGUCUCCUGCCGGAGCUCACCAGCGAACCUCAUGCCAUCGUCCGGCCGUCGAACAGCACGGCCAAGCCCAAGGUGAAGGCCGUGCUGGUGGUGUCCUUGAAGCCGGAGUACUACGACAAGCUCCACGGCAUGUACUACAACAACGCGACCGCGUCCGGCGAGCUUGUCACCGUGUACCAGCCGAGCCACGACCAGGACCAGCACACGGAGGCGCGCGCGCACAACGAGCGCGCCCUGGCCGAGAUCUUCCUGCUCAGCUACUGCGACGAGAUGGUGACCACGUCGUGGUCGACCUUCGGCUACGUGGCGCACGCGCUGGCCGGGCUGCGCCCAAGGCUGCUGGCCCCGCUGGACUUGAGCAAGAUGAGGUCCGACGUGGCGUGCGUCAGGCCUGCGUCCAUCGAGCCGUGCCUGCACUCGCCGCCGUCGCUCGUCUGCCGGCGCACGCAGGAUCUUGACCCGGUGGCGCAUGUGCCCUUCCUGCGCCACUGCGAAGAUGUGGGUUUCGGUCUCAAGCUCGUCGACUGAGUAACUUGGCUGGCUCUCUGCACAGAGGCUUCUCUUCGAUUUGGUUUAGCAAAACAGUGCUGUUUUUAGGCUUGAUUUGUGGUCACUGAAAUACAUGUUCAUCGUCGCCAAAAAGAAAGGAAGGGACUGACUAACAGUCAGUGGACUGAAAACCCAAUUUGGGUCAGUCAAAUUUCUUUCCUUUGCAUGCGAUGUGAAUAGCGACCCCACUAACAA